AUGGCCUACUGUCGGCAGGAAGGGAAAGAUCGAACCCUAUUUGUGACCAAAGAAUACCACGAAGCUCCCAGCAGUGCAGAGCUGGUGGCUGAUGACCCCAACGACCCAUAUGAGGAGCACGGACUGAUACUGCCAAAUGGAGACAUUAACUGGAACUGUCCGUGCCUUGGGGGGAUGGCCAGCUACCCCUGCGUGGAGCAGUUCAAGUCCGCCUUCUCCUGCUUCCACUACAGCACAGAGGAAAUCAAGGGGUCAGACUGUGUGAACCAGUUCCGGGCCAUGCAGGAAUGCAUGCAGAAGUACCCAGACCUCUAUCCCCAAGUCGAUGACAGCGAGGAGAGGGAGGAGAAGGCAGCGGAGCGUGGUCAAGAAUCGGCCCCCACUGAGGCUGCAGUCGCCCAAGAGCAGAGUUCAAGCUAAUGAAGGCCACAGGCACUGAGCUCCACCCUCCUCCUCAUAGGACACAAACAGUUGCACAAUGCCUUCCAGUCACCCUCUGAGAAGAAGGUGUCUCCCUCUUGUUCUGUGCUCUGUAAUGUUCAAAGUAAUUUAUUUUGAUGAUGGAGUCUUGGCUCUUUGUCAUGUACACUGAAAAAAAGAGGGUUGUGUGUCUGUGUAUCCUGCACAAACCUGUUGGUGAGUGUGGCUGCCCCGAGUUCUCAGACGGCCCUGGGGUUUCCAGCAUGGAAUAAUGUGCUGAAUACCUCAGCAACCAGGAGUCAUUAUAGCAGCAUUUCUGUUGAGUGAACCUAUUUAUUCUGAUUGUAUCCCUUGUUGUAGAUUUUAUACUUCUCUGGGAAAUGAACUAGAAGCAGAAAGUUUCCUGUAAACAUGCUGGCGUGGGGCUGUUCCUGCUGGCGGAGGCCAGAAGAGCCAGUGGUCAGUGCAUUUCU